UUCUGAAGCUGGUGAUAGCGCGCUGGUCCACCUGCCUCUCUCUCUGGAUCCCAACCCUGAAUUCUCCUUUCUGCCGCACGACUCUGAACUUCCUCACUCACCCACGUCACCAUGGCCUCCAAUCGCUGCUUCUCCGCGCCGCUGCCAUACCUAGCGCGGGCUUGCACGCCUGCUAGCCGCGCCCUCCUCCGCCCAGCAGCACGAGGGCGACCACAUCUCGCCCGCGCCGCGUCCGCUGCCUUCACCACCUCCUCUGUCCGCCCUGCCCACGGCAUCCCCCGACCGCGCAACACCUCCCCGUUCAUCCAACCCCCCAAACAACCACAGCAACAAAACCAACAACAACAACAAUCACCAGACCCGGAAACACCCGCCGCCGCCACCGCGCCCCGGACCCCCAACAUCCUCCAACAACCGCACUACGAACUGACCUUCACCUGCCGGCCGUGCGGCACGCGCUCGCGGCACCGCGUGUCCAAGCAAGGGUACCACCGGGGGUCGGUGCUGAUCGCGUGCCCGACGUGCCGCAACCGGCACGUGAUCAGCGACCACCUGCGCAUCUUCGGCGACACGGCCAUGACGGUGGAGGACCUGCUGCGCGAGCGCGGCGAGCUGGUCAAGCGCGGCACGCUCGGCGAGGACGGCGACCUCGAGUUCUGGGAGGACGGCGAGGUCACGCCGCGGCAGCCGUGGGAUGAUCACGAUACUUCUUCUUCUGCUGCUGCUGCUGGUGCAGGCGGGCAAAGGGGGCAUGACGGAGGAGAAGAGGCCUCGGUGGAUGAGCAUGCGCCGCCUGGGGCGAGCUUUAAAAGUGUUAAGCCCGGGGAGAGGGAUGGGACAUCGUAGAUGGAAGGUUGAGAAUAGGUAUAGAGCUGUGGUGGCGGUGGGUGUGUGCAGCACAACAGACGGGUGGGGGGUGUAGAGGACGAUGUGUGUAACAUGAGGAAGGCGUUUAAGACGGCGUU